UCAAUAUUCUUUCGUUUUUAUGUGCAAAUAAAAAUGAAGUGGAAAAACGCAAGAAAAAUAACAUAAAUAUAAAUACCAAAAUUGGGGUCCGAAAUAAAAAAAGAGGAGCCAACGUGAAUUGAAGCAAACUGUAGAAAAGAAAAGCUAAGACUAAGAGGACAACUGAAAAUACACAGCGCAUCAGACACGGCUUAGUGAGCAGUGAAACGUUGAAAGGCACCGCUGCCUUGCCUUCUUGCUGUUAUCCACUUGCCAUGCUGCUGCCGCAGUUGUAAACUUGUUUGCUGUUAUGCAUCCCCACCUCAAGUGUAUUUGUGUUUGCUGCUUUAUCCUGCUCAUCUCGGCUAUUUGAACUGCUUGUAAGAAUUUGCACACUGCAUUGCGGAGUAGAUAAAUAAAUUUCCUUCCCAACAACAAUAUACCAUAGAAACCCUUAGAUUAGGAGAUGACUUAGGCAGUCAUUCAUGCGGCGACCGCGAAGUGAAAAGCCUGCACCAUUGAUGUUUUAUUGUCCACAUAUCACUGGUACCAAACACAAGCAUCCAACACCUGGCCUCAGCAACGUGUGCAUAGCAGUCAGCAUCGAACAACACUGACGGAUUUACGGCAAAUUUUAAAAUCCUAUUGGAUUACCAGCUUACGUAGCUAGAAAUUGAAAAGGACGAAAAUACUGCGCACAAUAAGCAAAAUCUGCAGCAGCAAUAGUACCGCUACUCGUAUAACGAGCAUGAACACCUCAACAAUUGAAAGCAAAAACAACAAUAACUGCCAACAAGUGUGUGCGCUCAAAAGGAUUGCGCAAAGGAUAAAUUUACGCUUCAGCUGAACUAGCAGAGUAAUUGGCACGUUGAUUUUCGUCAACAAGCAACAACAAUCACCAAGCAGCCCACUUCCAACCAGGCUUACAGCAGCAGGCAUUAAAGCACUGAAGCAAAAAGCAACAACCAACGAAUAUUAAAAAAAAAAUUCUUUACAAAUUGAACUACGAACGAAGAGAAGAGUUUAUAAUUGCGGAUUUUAGAUAAUAGUCGCAUAGCUCAUAAAAGGAGUAUCUGCUGGCAACAAAAUGGACGAUAUGAUUUUCCAAAGCAGUACUCAAAAUUCUGUAUAUGUGCUGAAUUCUAAUUAUAGAUCUUAUGGGGACUUUGCUCGCCUCGAUUGCAUCGAUCCUAAUGACAUGAACAAUAAAAAUGUGUCAAAUUGCCAAAAUUCAUUGGCUUCGAGAUCCGGUAAUCACAGUUGCUGCGCCAGUUCGCGAGCAAUGCAAAAUAAAUUACGCAAUUCGGGGAACGGCGUCACGGAAACCAUCGGAAAUAUUGUCACAUCACCGCCUGCGCUGUCGGUAGCAGCCUUGUCAACAACAACAACACCCGCAGCGAAAUGUUUGCCAGCGACAGCUGCAUUUCAGAAUUUCUUUAACUGCAGCUAUGUGGCAAAUGCCAGUAGUGGCAACUGCACCAAUUCAAUGCAUGGCGAAGGUCGCUGUGGAGGAGGUGUGGAUGCGAGUGUUGGGCAGGGUGUCAAUAAAAUAAAAUCUAACAACAGCAAUAAGAAAAAAUGCGCCAACGUGAAGCCAUCGCUUAUGGCGAAAAAAACGAAAUUUCGAAAAUUCAUCGAAGAGGAUAAAUGGAGGGCAGGAGAUGAGGGUGCUGGGGAAAACGUGUAUCAGUACAGUAUCAGCAACAAUGACCGUGUCGGGUGCACCGGCUCUGUGACACCCACUGAAUUUAAUACUAGCUCAUAUGUGAAGGAAUCAAACACUGCUGAAUCAACAACGCUAACCGCUUCAAUGGCCGCAAUAGCAACUUGUGGGCCCUUGAACAACAUCGUUAAACAUUAUUGGAAUGGCAAAAUGGAUGCGAAUGCAGUGGGCGACAGCAAGCGACACCAGCAACAGAACCAGUCGAACAAUUGGAGCGGAAGUGGCGAUAGUAACAAUCAAAAGCGACAACAGUUGGAAGUGCUGAAGUCGUCUCAACAACAAAAAAGCAAUUACGAGCUUUACAAAGAAGCCGCCGAACUGCUCGGAUUGUCUUGCACACUUUGUGAUAACUGCCGAUGCCUCGAAUGCCAGAGCAGAUACUUCGAUUGCGAUGACUCGGACAGCUACUCAGAAUUCUCAAACUCCGAUGAGUACGAUGAGGAGACAAUGAACGCAUUAAACAAUUCUGUUGAGCUGGUGAUGUAUGCCAACUACUACAGAGAUGAUGCCACCUAUGGCUCGAUGACAACGCAGCACCGACAAAAACAACCGCAUCAACCUGCCGACCAUUCACAAUACCAACAACAGGCCAAUUCAAUGUGCGCUGAAGCAAAUUGCAAUGCAACUGAAUUGUUGGGUGAUCGUCGAGGUGAUAGUAAACCGAUUGGCGGUAACAGCUAUGAAGUUGUAACUGGCAUUAGUCAGACGGAUGCCACCAAACAUGAACUGCAUUCGGAGCAAAGUCAGCGAAGCAAUGAGUUGGAAAAUUUUACAAGUUUCAAUGAGCUUCGGUUGACGGAUGCCAGCGACACUGAAAACUAUAAAAAAGGAUAGAAACAAGUGCGGACACACGCGAUGGAUAGGUAAAACCGGCCGUAAAAUGGAUAUUGCGUGCAUCUACCCAUACCACUCCAAUCAAGCUGUAUUACUAAAUUCCGCCUGUGCCACUAAACCUUCUACAUCUACUCAUUUGUGGCCGUUAUAAGUGGCAUGAACAUAGAUUUUCGCCUUUUAUUAAGUUAGCAGAGUAACGAAACACAAAUAAAAUAUAUACACAAGAAAUGUAUAAAUAUAAUGGCUGAAAAUUACCAGAAUGUAUUACUUAUUUAUACCUUCAAUGGAUUAUCUUAAAAUAAGCUUUAAUUAAUUCCAACAGCAAUUAU